AUGGCGCCAAUCAACCCAGAGACCGCGUCUGAACGAGCGCAGUACUAUGAGUUAAAUCCGCCACGUCGUAUAGGGAAAGGAAGGCAUGCUAUUGUCUUUGAGUGCCUCGAUUCCAACAAGCGCAAAUUCGCCAUGAAACUGUUCAAAGAAGACAGCCUGAAGAAAGUUGACAAAGAAAUCGAGGCUCUCAAACAACUUCGUGGAGGACCAAACAUUAUCGAAUUAAUCGACGCCGUGCAGGGCGACAGGGACGUAAACAUUGGUGUGGUGCUUGAAUUCGUGGACAACAUAGACUUUCGAAGUCUCUACCCACGUUUCAACGCGAUGGACAUCCAAUACUACAUUCACGAGCUCUUGAAAGCGUUGCAAUUCACACACAGCCGUGGGUUGAUUCAUUGCGACGUUCGACCUCACAAUGUGGUCAUUGAUCACCAAAACAGAAAGUUACGUCUCAUCGGCUGGAGCUCGCACAAGGUCUAUGAGCCUGGAGACGAGGAUGACAGAAUCUCCACAGGUCCCUGGAAGGCUCCAGAGGUUCUUCUCGAGAUGGGAUUUUACGAGUACAGGCUCGACAUGUGGGGUCUCGGAUCGAUGUUCGCAUCCAUGAUCUUUAGAAAAGAACCCUUCUUCCACGGUGUCAGCCUAGAGGAUCAACUGCGGAAGAUUUCUCAGGUUCUUGGGACAGAAACGAUGAACGACUAUAUUGAAAACCAUGGGUCAGACUAUUGGAGGCAGGAUGUUGAGCAACUAGGUUAUUGCCCCCCGCGAGCCUGGUCAAGCUUCGUCAACGAGGAUAAUCAACACGUGGUGAGCGACGAGGCGUUCGAUCUUGUGGACAAGUUGUUGAAGUUUGAGCCUGAGGACCGGAUCACAGCCGAAGAAGCUCUGAAGCAUCCGUACUUCCAGGCUCUGAGCUGA